UAAAAUUUACAAUUAUGGCUAUUUAUGCAAGUGUUGAAUCACUUGCUGAUAACCGUUUGUGUGGUUUAGGCUCAUGGCGUCCAAAAUCUGUACAAUCGUGGGCCACACCGAAAGUAUUUAUAUUCAUAUUUGGAUUGUUGGGUAUCAUUAUGGGCGCACCAUAUACCUAUAUGGUUGCCUCCCUGACCACAUUGGAGCGUCGAUACGGCAUAUCUAGUCUGGUUAUGGGAUUUAUUUUGACCGGCGAUGACUUUGCUGGUCUUAUAUUCCGACCAUUUAUCGGUUAUUAUGCUCACCGACUUCACAGACCCCGGUUCAUAGGUUACGCAACGCUAAUCAUGGCUGCGGGAUGUUUUAUCGGAACACUACCGUACUUUGUAUAUGGAUCGGGAUUUUCCCAAAAGCACACAAUCAAUAGUGAUACUAAUAAGUCCAGUGUUGUAGAGUUUUGCGAUGCUUUAGAUGACAUGAUUAACGGUACCAAAUGUGAUCACAAUGUUGGAAGUACCGGUGCAACUAAUGAGGUUGCUUUUGUACCGGUACUGUUUUUAUGGUUAUCCACUUUCUUUAUUGGUUUGGGCAGUACUACCUACUAUAUUAUUGGUAUACCGUUUAUCGACGACAGUGUCAAAAAAAAGGAAUCACCUAUUUAUUUUGCAUUACUGAUAGCAUUGCGUAUGUUAGGACCUGCCAGUGCUAAACUACUAUCAUCUCUGGUACUACUGGUCUAUGAAAAUCCUUUUUAUGAUACGGGUAUUACUGAUUUAAAAGAUCCCCGUUGGGUGGGCGCUUGGUGGGUAGGGUUUAUUGUGAUUGGUUUUGCGCUUAUAAUAACAUGUUUGCCAAUGUUCAUGUUCCCGGCUGAACUACAAACACAAAAUAUUACAUCAAAUGAUAAUCAUGAGGAUAAUAAUAAACAAAAACAAAUUCAUAAUGAUAAUGUUAAACAAAAACAGCAAGCUAAAACAUUAAAAGAAAAACAACUUUUGGAAAUGGGUGUCCUCAAAAGGAUAUUACGAUUAAUGAAAAAUCCAAUAUUUUUGUGCGUAACCAUCGGUGGCGGUAUCCGUAUUUUUGGUGUGGCCGGUUUUGGUACAUUUAAAGGAAAAUAUAUUGAGUCAAUGUAUAAAAAGUCAGCCUCUAUGGCUAAUCUAGUAUCAGGUUUGGUGGGUAUAGUACCGUCGGUAAUCGGUAUAAUACUCGGCGGAGCGAUCAUAACAUUUCUGACUCCCGGUCCCGGAGUACUUACGACAUAUGUGACAUUUGUUGAGCUAUUUGGUUCAGUAGGCUAUUUAGCUGCAAUGUGGUUAGGGUGCCCACAAACACAGUAUUCAGCACUGCCAGGAUCAACCAGUACUAUAAAUUAUAUUGGCAACACUAACUACUCAAGUUGUUUGUCUAACUGUGCCUGUACUGGUCAAACAUUUCAUCCUAUAUGUGGACCCGAUAACUAUACCAAUUAUUUUUCCCCGUGUUUUGCCGGAUGUCCAUCAGAUUCAUUGAUCAAAAUGACAAACUCGUCAAAAAAGCUAUAUUCUGGGUGUGAAUGUAUUGGCGGUGAGGCUACUGAUGGUUACUGUGAUGCCAAUUGUGGCAGCAAUUUUGAAAUUUAUCUCACAGUAUUUAGCGUAGCCCAUAUUAUUGGUAGGAUUGCCAGUAUUGGCAACAUGUUUAUUGGACUCAGGAUCGUUGACCCUGUUGAUAAAAGUUUUGCCUGGGCAGUUUCAGGGACAUUUUACAGCCUAUUUGUUUUCAUACCGUACCCAAUGGUUUACGGAGCGAUAGCCAAUUCCGCUUGUAUGGUAUGGGAGACUAAAUGUGGUCAAACCGGUAACUGUCAGAUCUAUGACUCGGAAAAACUUAAAAACCGAUUGUUGGGCACAACUGUAGGACUCAUACUCAUUGGUUUUAUAUUUGAUUUGAUUGUCAUUAUAUUGUCGUCGCGUAUCAAACAUUUAUACGAUGAUGAAGAAGAAGAUGAACAA